AUGCAUUUGCUAAGAUGGAAAGUCAAAGUUGUUGAAGGUUUGAAAUUGGAUCAAUUCCUAUAGUGUAUGAUUGACAAAACUUUGAAAGAGUUGCUAGAAGAAAAAGAAAUGGCUUUUUCUGUUUAUAUUUAAUAAAUACGCAUUAUCAAAAGGUUUAAUGUUUUAAUGACCAUUUCACUGCCCAAAACAUGGAUUUAUUAAUUGAUUUAUUAAUUGAUUUAUUAAUUGAUUUUCAAUGGGUUUAACACUUUCUAGCCGCUUAAGAAGGAGGAAAUAUGUUACUUCAAGGGCCUAUAGAUAAUUGGAUAGGAACUUGAAAAGGAAAUUAAAAGGAUGAGAGAGGAAUGUAAAAGGAAGAUAUAGAAAAUAAUAACUAUGAUUGAUGGAAUGAAAGAGGAAGGUGAAAGAAAGGUUGAGGAAAUAUAGAUAGAGGAAAUAUAAUCGAGAAUAAUGAAAAGUGAAAGCAUUCGAGAGGAAAAUUAUUAUUAGCUAAAGGAAAGUUAUAGGAUGUUAAAGGAAGAUUAUGAAAAGAUAUAUGAAAUUGAUAGGAAGAUAAAGGAAGAUUAUGAAAAGAUAUAUGAAAUUGAUAGGAAGAUAAAGGAAGAUUAUGAAAAGAUAUAUGAAAUUGAUAGGAAGAUAAAGGAAGAUUAUGAAAAGAUAUAGGAAAUUGAUAGGAUGAUAGAGGAAGAUUAUGAAAAGAUAUAGGAAAUUGAUUGGAUGAUAGAGGAAAUCGAUAGGAAAAGUUAAAGUGAGAAUAUUAAUAAUGAAUAAUUGGUAAAAACAGGAUAGUAAAUAUUUUAAAAUUGGGUUUUUGAUUAUGAAAUUGAUGAUAAAAUGGAUGAUGAAAAUUGA